AUGACUUUCUCGGAAAAGACGAUUCUAGUUAUCAAAGGAGCCAGUUUCAUUGGCUCUCACACUGUGGUUCAGCUUCUCAAUGAAGGCUUUAGGGUUUCGAUCAUCGACAAUCUUGAUAAUUCCAUCACCAAAGUUGUUGAUAGGGUUCGUCAUUUGUUUGGCCCUAAGCGUUCUCAGAAUCUUGAAUUCCACCUAGGUGAUCUUAGGAAUAAGGACUUGGAGAAGCUCUUUUCUCAAACACAAUUUGAUGCUUUGGUCCAUUUUGCUGGCCUAAAAGCUAUUAAGGAGAGUGUUGCAAACCCUCACUGUUAUUUUGAUAAUGAUUUGAUUGGCACUAUUAAUCUUUAUGAGGUUAUGGCAAAAUAUGAUUGUGUUAGGUGGGCUGGGUUGCCUCCUGCGGUAUUGGGCCCGAGUAUUCUGAGCAAGGGAGUUGGGACCGGUCCAACUGCAACUCAAUUUGGUCCGGCUUGUGUGCAAACUAUGUCUCGUCUGCUAGGAGCACGCUUACGGCGGGCAGAACGUGGUGCUUAUCCUCUGUUUCUGCCGCAGAAGUUUUUUUCUCCAGUUUCUGCCGCAGGACUGACUUCUUUUGCUAUGUAG